AGGAUGCUCGGACAGAGAGAGCAGGAAUCAGGCACCUAUCCAUAAAAAAACAGCCCGUUAUGUCCGGAGAUCAUGGAAAAACAGAAACUUUUGUUUAGACCCGCGCCUGAUCUGAGAUUGAGUAUGGAUUACCUCGACUCAUAUGGACAUCCAGUUAAUCUGCGCUGAAGCGAUUGUUUGCUCUUGGUGCAGCUCGCUGGAGGCACGGCGCGGGCGGAAUUCUGUGAGCAGCCACAGUGCGGACCCUUCUCCUCUGACCACCUCGGACAAAACAUGAGUCUCUCUACAUGGAGGGCCUGAUGCUCGAAUCUGCUUUAACGGGGCUCUGCUGGGCCGCCGUGCACAGAGGCCGGUGCAUGCUCUACUUGAGACUGCUCAUGGUGGUCUCCAUGACGACCGCACACCCACCUGCUGAAGAUUGGCCUUUGGUGGCUACCAACAUGCCAAAGCAGUCUCUGGAGAAAGUGCCACAUUACGCAGCUUCACCUUCAGCCUUGCCAUCAUCUUCUUUCAAAGCCUCAGGACAGUCAAGCGACGUCCACAAAACAUUCCCCCCUUUGCCUGACACUGAACCACUCAAAGCCUCAGAGAAUUACUAUAGUGCUACAGUUGACGCUGUGUUUGGCUCAACAGUCAUGCCACCUCAGAGCUACCUUUCUAGCCCUGAGCAUCUAUCUGCCCCAGCACUAAGUUCCUUAGACUCAACUGAGGGAGACAGAACUAGUUCUGGAGUUUCUUCAAGACUGUCUCGGGAGGUGAAGCCUCCUGUCUUUCAAAAUGUGCCCCCUUCUUCCGGAACUGUCGAACAGACUUCAGCCAGCUCAUACACACCUGCUUUAAACAUCUCUCCUUCUCAAUUGCUUUCAACUGAAUUGGAUUCUUCUGAAGAGCCACCUUUUCCUCCUCCUGACCUACAAACUGAAGCUGUUAUCAAUAGUAUUUCUGCCCUUGGACAAGUAGAGCCAUCUACCAGAAUCAGAGACUUUGAUAAUUUACAUUUUAGUCAUGACCUAAAUAUGCAAAAUGAUGCUAAUGCAGGUGGUCACCUGUUAAAUCCAAGUCAUGCCCUUUUUGGAAACCAGUAUGUGACCUCAUCUUCUGCAGAGCCAACUAUGGGCCCGCCAGAAGACUUUUUCCCAACCAACACUAUGGAUGUGGACUAUGGUUCUGGGGAUUACUUAGAAACUAUGUCCUUCAUGGGGUCUGAGGGAGACGGCUACUCUUUGGUCACCAAUUCUCCCUCUGACAUGUAUGACUUUGAAGAUCCAAACUCUGAGUCCUAUGACACAUCUUUUCCCACAAGAAUAGUGAUACCUUUGUCCACCAGACACCUAUCUCCCAUUCCUACUAGUGCUGUUUCCAGUAUACAUGUUACUGCUUUUCCCAAUCAGACCUCCAGUAUUAAGUACAAUUCAACUAGUACCCCAAAUGUAACUAACACCGUUCUCAACAGGCAAACGACCGCUUCCAUAAAUGUAGUGAGUCCUAGUUCCACUAAUUUAACCAGUAUUCCCAACAUUUUGACCCAUAUACCCAUUUACACCACCAUCUAUUCAGGCAUCCCAACUGUCCAACCAAAAGCAGUCCAUUCCUUGACUGUGCACCCCACUGUUUCUGCCUCCUUAAAUCAGAGUGGCUUAGUCAAAGAGAGUUCAGAGUCAGAUUCUGGUUGGCCUGACAGCAUUACAGUUGAACCCACCGAUGUUCUUCUGCCUGAUAUGAAUAGUCUGGAGUACUACACCAUUCAGCUCUCUAAGGGCAAUGAAAGCUUGCCAGAGCGACGGGACAACCAGACCACUUCCAAGUAUUUCUCUAUUGUUCCAGGAAGUACUACUCAUAUAAUGGCCACCAGCACCUAUACAAUGAUGUAUGGAGAAGAGCUACAACCUGUGGACAACAACUCCUGGCCCGAAGAUUCUUCUACAGAUAUCUCGGGAUUUGAUCCGUUCAACACGACCAUUCUGGAUCUGUCCGAAGUGAGACCCAGUCUGACAAAUACAACAGUGCCAUUCUUGGAUUCAUCAGUGACAUUAACUCCAUCCAUGGACUUUUCAACUUCACUGUGGAAUCUGACUGCAACUCCUGACUGGAUUAGCACUGAAUUAGUGCCAUCUGCUAUAGCCACUAGCACCUCUUCGGUACUGUUUGAGUCACGUACAGUAUCAGAAGAGCCAGAUGUAACGGCAUCAAAUACCACAGACAUCCACUGGUUUGUCAGUUCCACAUUGCCAGAGGCUCUUCAGCCUACCCCUACACUUAUCAGUGAUGUAUUAACCCACACUCUGAAUGUGACUGCAUUGCCCACUCAGCCAGACUUCAGUAGCACCUCCAACUUUCCUGUGACAGAGAUGGCUGACCAAGGCAUCACAGGACCUCCAUCAGAAAGCCCUUUUACUGAGGUUAUUGAUGAUGGAAUGACAACAUUUACCAACACUGAAACCCUGUCCACUUCAGUAUCCGACAGUGACACAACUGUGACAACCCCAUUAACUAUCAUGACAUUUACAAGCCCCAUGGAUGAGGCAUUUAACACGACUACCUUGCCCACGACAGCUAAAGACCCUUCAGCGACAACCCUAAAGGCCACUCCUCAGACCACUACUGUCCGGGAGUACCUCUGCAACAUCACCAAGCCUGACACCUACUUAGUUCGAGUUGGUUUUCCACCUGGCUCCACAGCUGGCUAUGCGAAAGCCAAAGUCAGAGAGAUCCUCAAAGCUGAAUUCAAUCGAUCAGUUGAACUGCAGGUAGUGAAAGCUCCUCCAGACUUUGUGUUUCGGGCUGUGUCUGGUCCUGUUGUCUACACAGCUAUAUCAGUCAUGAACGCUCUGAGACAGUCCACACGUACGUCUCGCUCCAUCCUCAGUGUGUCCCCCAUCAGUCCUGUGCCAGGCCUACAGUACCACGUCCACUCUGUGCUCCAGUUUGUCCCCAGUCACAUAGAUGUGCAUGUGUGUACGUUCAGUGAGCACAUAGAGAGAGGCCUGACUUUGGCCUUUGCUGAAGUGCGCCGGCGCUCAAAGGAGUCUACUAAUUUCACUGUACAUAUAUUGAACAUCACUAUGAGCCCUAUAGCUAAGAGCCAAAGACAGCCGAGUGGGCCGGUGGACAUCACUUUUGUUGUGCGUGAUGCUCGGGGGUACAUACUGGGGUCAGAGGUCAGCAGCCUCCUGAGACAGCUCAAUGUGGUGGAGUUCAGCUACUACCUGGGCUACCCUGUUCAGCAGAUCGCAGAGCCUUUCCACUAUCCUGAGCUGAACACAACGCAGUUGCUGCGCUCCUCAUGGGUGAGAACAGUGUUAUUGGGGGUGAUGGAGCAGCGUGUGAGUGAUAGGAUUUUCCAGGCAAAGAUGGAGAGGAGACUGGCUCUGCUGCUGGGGGAAGGACUGGGCACAGGACGGCGUUUUAAAAGAGCCACCAGCAUAGGCAACAACAGCGUGCAGAUUGUACAGACCACACGGCUAACAGGGCCGGAUAACCCUCUGGAGAUGAUCUACUUUGUGGAAGGUGCUAACGGUGAGAGGCUACCUGCUGUCACCACAGCUAACCUGCUGAACAAACUGGAUGUCCAGCGUGCCGCUAUAGUGCUUGGAUACCGUAUCCAGGGCAUCCUGGCCCAGCCUGUGGAGAAGCAGGCGUCGUCACCCUCUGAGACGGAGAACGCCAACACAUGGAUUAUAGUAGGAGUGGUGGUGCCUGUGCUGGUGGUGGUGAUUAUCAUAACCAUACUGUACUGGAAACUGUGCCGCACAGAUAAACUAGAGUUUCAGCCGGACACCAUGAGCACCGUCCAGCAGAGGCAGAAGCUGCAGGCUCCUAGCGUGAAGGGCUUCGACUUUGCCAAGCUGCACCUGGGCCAGCACAGUAAGGAUGACCUCAUGGUGAUUCAGGAGCCGUUACCGCUGCCAGUGUCCGCUAAGGAGCCAAGCGCUGCUGAAAAUGCAGAGGCAUCCACACCCAAAUCCAAAGGCUCCUCCACCAAAGCCUCAAGAAACAGCCAGCAAAGGAAAGGACGGAUUUCCCCUUCGGACGGCGAUUCAGUGGGCAGUGAUCCGUCCAGUGAUAAAGAGUCUCCCAAAGAGAACCCGAGACUGCCCAGUGACUCCAAGCAGCCUCGCAAGAUGGCCACUAACGGAUUGAAUGGUCCUCCUCCACUGAAUGGUGUAGAUGAGCAGGUGUCCUCAGCCUCCAUCUUUGAGCAUGUGGACCGGAUGUCCCGCUCGGUGGACGGUGCCAACAAACGCUUGUCCAGCAAGAUCCAGCUGAUCGCCAUGCAGCCCAUGCCUGCUUUACCCUUACCUAACCCUGCAGUCACUGACAAGGCUGCCGAGAACACCAAGAUCACCAAGGAGAUCCAAGUUGCUCUGAGACAAAAGUCUGAGAUCGAGCACCAUCGUAAUAAGAUCCGCCUAAGGGCCAAGAGGAAAGGCCACUAUGACUUCCCUGCCAUGGAUGAUAUCAUUGACGGCCUGGGUGACCCCAAAGAGCAGGACCGCAUCUACCAGAAGGCUCAGAUGCAGAUUGAUAAGAUCCUGGACCCUGACAUCCACAUGCCCCCUCUCUAUACCGAGCCCAAGAAAAGUGGCAGAGAGAGGCGUUCACCCAGACAGAGGAAGAAGCAGCAGAUGAAUGGAGAUCUGGUAGAUGCAGACAGAGACAGACUCAUCACCACAGACAGUGAUGGCACAUAUAAGAAAUACCCUGGAGUCAACAACAUAGCAUAUGUGUCGGAUCCAGACCAGGGCCCUGAACCACACAGCCCGUCCCCGACUGACGAUGUGUUUCUGGGCCCAGUGUCACCCCCACCAGGCCAUGCUCCACCUCCUCCACCCUACCUGCCCCCUCAGCCAUCUAUAGAAGAGGCCCGGCAGCAGAUGCACUCCCUGCUGGAUGAUGCUUUUGCCCUGGUGUCCCCCUCUUCACAGGGCAGCAACGCUGGCAUCACUCUACCUGGAGUGGGGAUCAGUGGUGGACCCGCUGCACCCUCUAGCCCCCCAUCCCGUGGUCCGCGACCCUGGGGCCCUUCUUACCCCGCCCUCAGCCCAUUCUCUGGGAGAUAUGCUGAGUUAGGCCUGCCACCUUCUACAGUACAAGGCUUACUGCAGAGGCAGGGGCUGGGGUCCGGCUACCCACCAGGAGAUGGAUUAGGUGGAGAGCAUCUGCAGACUGAGGUGCUUUUCAACAGCAGAGGGGGCUGCAUGGAUGAGCUGCCCUCCUCUGCUAGACCACGACCAGUAGGGGGCACCACAGGUGCUCAACUACACCACUUAACCCAGGUAGGUCUGUCAGGCCGUUUGGGUGAGAGCAGACAACCUGGUGGCUUAAACUGUGGGCCUUAUCAUGAAGAGGACUUUAAAAGACCUGCCAACAGAGAUCCCACAUCCAGAAAUGGUAUGAGGGAGCCCACUGCUCCACCUGCCCACCUGGACUCCAUCGGCCUGGGCUACCCCCCCUCUGCACCCAUGGAGGAGUCCUCUCCUCCUAACCACUCAUCCGCCUCACUCAUCAAAGCCAUCCGAGAGGAGCUGAUGCGCCUGUCUCAGAAGCAAGCAGCUGUCCCGGGCUACCACAGCUGAGACCUGGCUCUGUGUAUGGCUCCUUCGGGCCCUCCACACAGCAAUACUGCACUGCACUGUACUUCCCAUGGAAGUGGCUUUUUUGAGUGGGAAAGAAACCCUGUAAGCCCUGUAGGCCCUGCUGCUCUGCCGCAAGGAGCACUAUGGUAGAAGAAGAAGACAUUCUGAGAUUUGUUAGGAAGUGACUACUUCACUGGUAGCCAAAGCUUUACCUGAUAUCAGUGCAGCUGAACAUUGUAUCUGACAGUAAAGGCCCCGUCACUUACAAUCUUAAAAAUGAAGGCACCAAAAAGAGUUAAUUGGAGUGAUGAUAUAAAGGAACCACUGUUGUUUUCCUAAAGAUUUUUAAAAACUUUUUAGCCAUCCAGUGUUUGGAAAAAGUUUUGUCUCCUUUAUUGUUAUUACUUUUGUCAAACUGUAAGCUCAGGCUACUUCGUAGCAUUCGUAAGACUCAAAAAACGACAAAGGCUAUAUUCACAUUACCAGGUUGAAGUGGCACAAAUCCGAUUUUUGCCCUAAUGUGUUCUGAUGUUUUCAGGGCUGUGUGGACACGCAA